AUGGUCGGCAAGCACAUGCGCCAGGGUGGGGACCCCGAUGGCAGGGCGUGCAUCAUCUGUGGCGUGUGCGACACGGACAACGACCCCGUCGACUUGGAGUUCGACGUUGCUCAGCCGAUGAGUUGGCGCCGCCCCGCCACGCCGGACGGAAAGCAAGAAGGGCGUGGAUGCUACUACUGCUUCGCAGUCUUCAGGGCCAGGUACAAGAUCAAAGGCCAGAAUUUCUCUUUCGCCAAGCUUCCUCAAGUGCUGGGAUCAAACGGAGCCCAAUUCGACAAGUUCAUGGGCUACCGCAAGACGCUCGUCGCGUGGCUCAUCGAGAAAGGUGGGCGCGGUGCACGCGUGGUCUGGGAUCAGAUUGACAAUCGUGUCAUCUCGCUUGUGACUGUCAAGGCCACCGAAGUGAUUGAGCCAGACGAUCUUCUCUGGGACUAUGAGCACUACGUGGCGGAAAAAGGCGACCCGGCGACCAACGGCCUCGGACGCGUUGUGACCUACGAGCACGGCAAGAAAGAAGUCAAGGUGCCCUCCGCGCCGAUCCGUCGGGUCAGACGGAAGACUGGCCAGAUCGUGGAGGACAGGAGGGAAGUCCACAAUGGCGACGCCGACGCGGAGAUGUACGACGGCCAGGGCGAUGAGAUGCUUCAGGAGUUGAUGCAAAUGAUCGAGCUCCCUCGUGCCACGGGCGAAUGCCAGCGCCCGGGCGUUUCUUCCGUUCCUGCUUCAAGUUCGACCGACCGUCCUGUGUGCAUGCCGGCCGUCGACCCCACGGUGGCGGCUUCUGAUUCGCGCGGCAACUUUGGAGGGCUGUCCAUUGGCUUCGCACGCUCAGACCCUGGGCCCUCGCAGGUCGCUGCAAGGGCCGGCACGAAGACUCAACCUGGUCGCAGACAGACAGCAGGCCGCGGGAAGAACACGCAGCAGACGCCGGAUGCGCCGCCUGCAAACCCACCUGGAGGCAGGACUGGGCCAAAGCGGCGGAACAUAUGCUCGACUGCAGAGUCGCUGUGCAAAGACUUCUUCGAGGCAGGGGCAACCGACGAACUGUUUUUCGGCAAGAGCUGGAAGCACCACACCCGGUACUGCAAGCGCGUGUAUGACGACAUCGAGGCGCGGAUCGCUUCGCUCAAGUCAGAGCCCGCCUCGGAUGACCAGGCGUCUGAGCUCUCACCCUUGCAGAUGUGGGUCAAGAAGGUAUCCUCUUUGCGAGCUUUCUGCGGGCAGAUGAACCUCACUGGCGUCGAAAGUGCGAAGUUCUCUGAGGUGUACGACAGCCAGAUCGCGUUUCUUGCGUUGGUGCCCACUUGCGAUAUUGAGAGCUUCAUGCCAGACCACCUGCGGCAGAGUCGAUUCAACCAGCGCGUGUCGUCGACAGCUGAUGCAGAUACCUUCCGGUCGCUCGUGGCGGUCGACUCGAUCACGAAGACGGGGCGUUACCAGACCUCGGAGGCCGUCGAGAAGCAGCGCGCCUUCGUCACCGAGCGUCUCCUUUCGAUUGCCAAGCAGCCCGACAUUGAGACGACGCUGCAGGCAUUCUGCCCCUCGCAGCCCGAGAAGUUCGACUGGCAGACCCGACUUCCGGACCUAGUCAGCGACCUUGUUGCAGUUGCAGCCGUUGCCCGCCACGACGAGCUCCGUUGUCACGGCGAAGCAGUGCGGGCGUACAUCGAGAUCAUCUGCGUCAAGCAGGGCCCGUAUUCUCGGACCGUGCUGCUCACCCCUGCUUUGGAGGUCACUGGGCUUGACCACUUGAAGGAGGCCGUCGACUCGAUCGGCAUGCCGACUUCCAUGGCGGCGAUCAUCAUCUCAUGUAAUCGAGGCAAGGUGCUUUUCAACAGCGCUUCGCUGACCCUUCGAAAGAUGACGCGCUACACCAAACACUGCGACACGCUGACCAACACCUUCGAGAGCAGCCUGCUCGCGAUCAGCGGCGGCGACUUCGCGGCCCUGCGCGGUUUCGCGACCACCAUGUCUGAGAUCUUCCUUGACGUGGGAUCAUGCCCGCGCGCAGCCGAACUCUUCGAGGCGACGUGCCGACAGCGGUCCAACGCGCUCUACGAGCAGUUGGUGCUCGCGACGAAGGCAUGGGCGCACGAUGCGUGGCAGCAUCUCCGCGGUGUGUGGGAUGCAUAUGCAUCUUGCGAACAUGUCAAGACGUGGUUCGUCAAGUUCGACCCGGGCUGCGACAAGUUCGAGCUCUUCGACAAGUGCGUCGCCUUCUGCAGGGAUGUGCUGGGCGCGUUCGACGUCCUGAGUUCGGAUAGCAUCGCUGCUGACUCUGCGGUCGCCCUUCGCGGGAAGAUCGAAUCGAUUCGGGCGUUGGCAAUGGAGGUCAAGUCCGAGGUGACAAGCAUCGCCAUGGACAUCGACGACUUCAUAUCGGCGUCGCCGAUCUUCAACGAUUCCGUCGUCGGGGGCGCGGUGAUGUCCGCGAUAUCUGACAAGCCGAUGCGGACGUUCUGCCAAGAGGUGGAGACGAAGUUCAAGGCGGCAAUCGAGUCCAUGUCGUCUGCGGUUGUCGACGUCAAGGUGGGCAUGGGCAUGAGUGCGACCGAUCUGGCGCAGGUGUCUGGGUUUCGGAUUGCCAGCGAUGAACACAUUGCAACGAUGGUUGCCUUCUCGGACGAAGUAAAAGAUGCCACCUUGAAGAGUGAGAUCUCCUACCUCUGUGCCUGGUCAAGCCUGCGUCGCGCCGCAGCGUUGGCCAUCACUUACGUCAAUGCGGGGAAUGUGGACCAGGGCAGCUUUAAUGUGCUGGCACGUCUUCACUCCGAACUGGGUUCCCUCAAACAAUUCAUCGACGACGGCCACGCGAAGGAUUUGUUUGUGCAGGCUCCUGGCCGGGUCGCCACGCCCUUCAAGAUCGAAGCCUUCAAGAUGCCAGAGGCCGCCGAGUCCGUCGUCGAGGACUGCACGGCCGUUAUCUUCGACUCGGGCCGCCGAUUUCUGGCCGUCCUGAACUCGGAGACCACAGGGCUGACGCAGGAGAUCGGCGAGGAUUGGCGCGAUCAGCGCGGCAGUCUUGCCACUAACAGCCGCUUGAUUUUACCGAUGUGCAAGAACCCCUCGAUCAAGACGAUGGGCAGCAGAGCGGCCCAACUGGCCGAUAUGGCCAAAAUGCUGCGGCAGCUCAACGGGCGGCUGUCGUCAUUGGGUGCUAUCGUGCCCGAGGAGUCCUUGCGCGUCGCGACCCAGACCGCUACAUGGGCCAUCCACACGGUCGCCAUGACGAGCGUCCUGUUCGGCGUGCGCGUGGACAUUCGCAGGCUCACGAAGGACAAGCAGCCCGCUGCCGCCCAGAAGCUGCUGGACCUCCUUCGCGAGAAGAAGGUUGACCCUGGUGCCGACGUGCUUGCUGCCUUGGUGGCUUUUGGCGGCGCCUCGGCCGCCCUGCAGAAGACGCCGGCGGCCGGGGCAGGCGACGCGCCGCCGGCGGAGGCGCCUGCUGCGCCGGCCGCCGCUGCGCUGGAGCCGGCGCCCAACGCGGCCGAGGCAGCUGCUGCCGCUGCGCCGGAGCCC